AUGGCCAACAACACCUUGAAUCCUCUUAACCCAUCCAUCAACCUAAUCCCUAAACUCGAAGACACCAACUUCUUCGAAUGGAAAAGAACAAUCACCGGUCACCUUACCGCAAUGGGAAAACUCAAAUACAUCAACAGCAAAGUAGCUAGACCAGAAGACGAUGCCGCCGCUGAGACUUUCGUUCAAGAACGCGCGCAAGUAUUGCAAGCCAUCCGACUGACUAUCAAAUUGGACUCUACGGACAAAUUCACCCUUGGUCACCACGGAGGCGUCACUGGAACACACCUGGAUCAACUCUUACCCAACACUGGACAACAUAUCACAAGGAUUUCACCCAUCAUGUCAGCCACAGAGUACAUGUCACAGUACCUUUCAUGUACCAAGUAA